AUGAAAAAUAUAUCUUGGAUUAAAGUUUCGACGGUUAAAGGGAAAAAUCCAAGGAAAAAAAUUCAAAAUAUCACUUAUUUAUUAGACAAAAGCGCAAUUAAUAUUAGGGCGGAAAAAAGAUGUGAAGAUGCGGAAAUAAAUGAUCUACAUCAAAAUUCUCAAUGGAAUAAACAUUUUAGAAAAUUAUUUCAUUUAGCCAAAACUUCUAAAGAACUUCAUUAUGCCAAAAGCUAUUUAUAUAGAUAUUUUGCACGUGGAAAGGUUGGUGUAUAUAAAUGGAACCCUAAAAAUCAAAUCUUUGAACAUUAUAAUAAAAAGGAUGCUUGUGAAUCUUUUAUUCAAGUUAAUCCAUAUCAACCAUUAAUUUAUCGAGAACCAAAUGGAGCAUAUUAUAUUAAUAAAUUUCCUGGUUUUCUCCAUACCUUUUCAAUUCCAUUUAAUCAGUUUAGUAAAGAAAUUCGUGAUGCUGUAAAACUUAUUCUUAAUCAUAUGAGAAAAGUUCUCUGUUCAUCUAAUAAGGAUCAAGAACUUUAUAUGAUGGGAUUAACUUUAAGAAUAGCUAUUGUAACUGGUAAAACUAUGCUUACAUGGUUUCUUAGAAUAAUGGUUCUUGGCCCUAAAAUCUCUACAAAAACUUCUAAUGAAAAAAUUAUUACUGGAUCAUUUAAUAAAGAGUUAGAAGCCUUAAAUAUGAUUUUAACUAAAUUAUCUUUAAAUGUAGCUAGUGUCUCCUCACCCAGAAUAACAAUAUCAAAGAGUGUGGUAUCACCUACAUCAUUAGGUAUAAAGUGA